AGUUUGCAAGCUGGUUAGGGGUAACUUGUUUAUACAGGGCGGUCACCGCUUUUCAGCAGGGAGUGAGGAUUUGAAUUCUUUACAUACGCCGUUCACAGUCGUAAUCAAAAUGGAAACAUGAAGAAUUGAAGCUGAUUGUUGGGUCGCUGAGCUGUUGUUAUCCUGCAGUCGGCGGCUUCUGGACGAGGAUGAGAGAUCUUCAAGGCAUUGACAGCUUGGUCCUGAAGGAGUUGAAGUCAUGCUGUGCCAAAGAGUACAACUUUCUUCCCAAGGAGACUGGCCUGAAGCUGAUGGAGUCGGCCUCUGCGGAGAAGCACGGCGGAGUCUCUGCAAAAUGCAGAGAUGCCCGAGUGGAAGAACUGUGGAGCCUGACCAGCUUUUUUGGCUACAGCACCCAGACUUUUGUUCAAGCCAUCAGUCUGCUUGACAGAUUUCUCACCGUUAUGAAGGUCCAGCCUAAACACUUGCCCUGCAUUGGAGUCUGUUGUCUUCACAUUGCUGCCAAAAUGGUUGAGGAAGAGAGUAAUGUCUCACCCACCCAUGAACUCAUUCGCAUCAGCCAAAGCAAGUUCACUGUGUCAGACCUGUGUCGCAUGGAGAAGAUCAUCUCAGAGAAGCUCAGCAUGGAGCCCAAAGCAGUGACAGCCUUAACCUUUCUGCACCUCUACUACGCAGCCUUCACAUCCCUGCCUGCUGCAAGGGAGGAGAUCCCAAGCAUUGGGAGACUGGAAGCCCAGCUAAAAGCCUGCUUAUGCCGGCUUGUUUUCUCUAAGGCAAAACCGUCAGUGUUGGCCCUGUCCCUCAUUGCUCAGGAGUUUGAAGCCCUUCAGGCGGUGAUGUUGAUGAAGAUUGUCCAGCAAUUCCAAAGACAUCUAAAGAUCAGUGGCAGCGAGCUGCUCCACUGGAAGGAACUUGUGGCCAAGUGCAUGACCGAGUACCGCUCGAGUGAAUGUAAUAAGCCAGACAACAAAAAGCUUGUCUGGAUCGUGUCCAGGAGAACAGCACAGAAUCUUCAGGCCAGUCACUUCAGUGUACCUGGUCUGCCUACUAUUCCUGAGAGGAGCUGGGAUGAGAGUGAGAGCGAGGAUUCCUGCGAGGACAUGAGCUGUGGAGAAGACAGUCCAUGCGGCUCUUUAGGAAGCGACGGCGAAGGAGCCUUCUUCCCCUCAACGUUUCUUACCAGCAGAAAGUAGAGUCUUUGUUGUGCAGCAACACCAGAUGAUGUGUAUUUGUCCCCUGAAUUGUACAGAUUUCAGGGCAGACCUGAGUGUUUCACUUGUGUUUCGUAGUUAUGCCAAUUGACAGGUUUUUCUCAUGAAGUGCCUGUGUUCGUUCAGUUUACCGUCUGUUUCUUUUAAUGUCAAAACAAACAUAUCGUAACGAUGCAAAAAUGGAAAAACUGCAAUAUUUUGGCAGCUUGAUGGCAAUACAUGUGAAUGUCUUUCUUCCGAGAUGUUCUCUUUGUGUUUGUUUGUGUCCGAGCUCGACACAUUCCAGGAAAAUGGUGAAGCACAAGGAAGAGGUCGGUCAUGAGGUACACUCACCGUUGAAUACCAGCUAACACACUAGCACAUCCUCAAUCUUUUUUUUUUACAACUGCAAAAGUAUGUACGCCAACGUGUUAUCCUAAUGUGACAUAUGACGUUGUUGUGUGAAAAUACCGGACUGUAAAUGCAUGAAUACGUUGACUUCUGUGAUGAUGAAUGGAUGUUGUUUAACGUGUACCACGAUAAGCUUACUGUAAAAAAAAAAAAAACAAAACUAUAAAAUGUUUAAAAAAUGUACAUAACCUGUAUAAAAAGAAGAAAAAAAAUUAUGUUUUGUGAAUGCUGCACAAAGUGUGAUGUAUUCAGAUAUAAUGUGAAAUAUGUUGGCAGGUCAGAAAUAGUCCUUCCAAAUAAAAAAAAGUACUUUCUAUCAA